AUGACUACUGAGCUCCCCGAUUAUGGAAAGGCUGGGGAGCGGCUAUUGCUCAACUACAUCGAAGCCACAGCCUCCCAGAACCCCCGCAAGUUGGCUGUUCAUCAGCUUCUUAUCCCGGAAGAUGGCGAUUCCCAUGCGCCAGAAAUUGUGACUUUGAGUUACCAGCAGUUGGUGAUUUUGAUCAACAAACUAUCCUGGAAAUUACAUCGAAGUGGUCUUACAUCCCAAGCAUCCGUUGCAUAUUUGGGCCCGAGUGAUUUCAGGCAUAUUUUAAUUACAUUGGCGAUAGCCAAGUUACAAGCUAGGAUUCUUUUACUUUCCCCAAGAGCAAGUAUCUCGAUUUAUGAAAAUCUCACGCAAGAGUGCCAGUGUUCGCUCUUGUUAUACGAUUCGGAGUUUGCGGAAACGGCGAAUAAGAUCUUCCAGAAACAAAGAGUCGAUAUACUUCAGGUCAGUGGCCUGGAGGAAUUGCUCGGCGAUUUGGACCCAGUAGAGCACUUCCCAUAUGAAGGAAGUUGGAACACACUAUCAUCUCUUCCAAUAGUAAUAUUGCAUACAAGCGGAUCUACGGGCAUGCCCAAGCUUGUGCCGUUUGCCCACUCUGCAUUGGCCGCGAUUGAUGCACAUCGCCUUCUAUCGCAGAAGGAGUCCAAAGCUAUCAAGAGUCAGCUUGAAGUUGUGUCCGAAUACAAAGUUGUCUACAUGGCUUUUCCCCUUUUCCAUGUUGCGGGCUUUAUGUUAAGCUGUUAUAUAUUGAUUUCGGGCAGUGUUCUUCUACUUGGAUAUCCCCGUCAACCUCCGAAUAUUUCAGUCUUACGUGACGCACUCAGAGUUCGAUCUCUCGAAGCGGCUUUUAUCCCCCCCUCUAUCGUUGAAGAUAUAGCGCGAGAUCCCGAGGUGCUAGAAGAUAUAUCCCAGCUACGCUGUAUCUUCUCGGGUGGAGGCCAAGUUGCUCAAACCGCAGGGGACAUAAUCGUCACCAAAACGAGACUGUUUGUGGGCUUGGGAAGCACUGAAUGUGGAUCGUUUCUUCAGUACCCAACCGAUCCACCAUACUGGAACUAUUACCACUUCCACACCUGGAAUGGCAUACAAUGGCGUCCGCUCUUGCAAGAUUCAUCGGAGCAAUCGACCGACUAUGAGUUGGUUCUCCAUCGGCAGAAUUCUUGCAAACCAUAUCAAGGCGUCUUUGAGAACUUUCCUGAUCUCGACGAAUGGUCUACGAAAGACGUGUUUCGAAAGCAUCCAUCGAUCCCAGAUUAUUGGGAGUAUCGAUAUAGAAUUGAUGACUUGGUCGUCUUCUCCACUGGUGAGAAGAUGAACCCAAUGCCAGUCGAAAGCCGAGUCAGUGGCAUUCCUGGAAUCAAAGCCGCUUUGGUGAUCGGCAACAAGCAACCGCGCCCAGGAAUGCUAAUCGAGCUCGACGACCCUGACCAUAGUCUGAACUACAACAGUGGUCUCCCAUUUGAACUCAAAGGGCCAUUCAAGGAGGCGGUGAGUAUUGAGAACGAUCAAAGUUCUCGAGAUGCGCAGAUCGACGAGGAAUUGAUUCUCAUUGCCGCCCCAGACAGAGCAUUUAUUCGGACACCAAAAGGGACACUCCAUCGUAACAGAACACUUGAGCUCUACAAGACCGAGAUCGAUGAGCUGUACCGUUCUAUGGAUCCCUCGAAUGUGAAGGGCUUGAACGACCUUACUUUAGACCUGACCUCGCAGGAGUCGCUUGCAUCCGAUCUGACUCGGUUGGUAGAAAGAAUUCUGGCAAAAGACAGCAAAUUAGACGAACAGACAGACAUCUUUGCUGCAGGACUUGAUUCUGUACAAGCACAAAUCCUAGCUGCCGUUGUUGGAAAGGCACUUGUGCGGCAUACUGGACAACCUGGGCACAAGAUCAAGGUCGACGCUGUUUAUCGUAACCAAACACCUCAAAAGCUUGCGAAAUUUUUGAUAGGGCCUCAAAGCCCACUUGGUCAUAGUUUGCAAGAGACAAGCGAAUUUAAAGAGGUUCUGCAAAGAUACUCCAAGGCAAUACCCGAUACUCCCAGAAACAGGCAGCCAAUUGAUUCCACCAACCGUGGCCAUCAUGUUCUUGUGACUGGUAGCACAGGGUUUGUUGGAUCACAUAUAUUGAGAUCUCUUCUUCGCCGCCAGGAAGUCAGACAAAUCACCUGUCUCAAUCGAAGUGGAACAAACGAGUCGAAAAUUUGUCUUCAGCGCUCCCUGGACGACGAAAGUAAGAAUCACUCCGUCCAACUUAAUUUUAGGAUUGCAAAUCUGUCAGAGUCAUUCCUCGGACUCCCUGAAGAGGUUUAUCAUGAUUUGCAGGACAGUGUAACGCAUAUUCUGCAUUGUCAGUGGGCAGUUGAUUUCAACCGGCCAUUGAAUUACUUCGACCCAAAUAUCAAGGGUGUUGUUGGACUAAUUCAAUUUGCCUACGCGUCCAAACACAAUUCUCAAGUCAUAUUCUUGUCUUCUAUCGCCACAGUGAAGAAUUGGACAGAAGACAGACCUGUUCCAGAAGAAACGCUGAGCGCCCCCGAGACUACCGAGACAGGUUAUGGGGAAAGCAAGCUCAUCGCCAGUCUACUCUUGGACCAAGCCGCCAAUUUGGCCGGUGUCAGGUCCUGUAUACUUCGACUAGGUCAAGUCGCCGGCCCUGUCACGGAGUUGACAGAGGGCCAAGAUAUGUCGUGGCCGCGUCGUGACUGGUUCCCAACCCUCCUAGAGGCCUCCGUACACCUCGGCUAUCUUCCAGACACGCUCGGCAGUGCAAAACAGAUUGAUUGGCUACCUGUCGACACCGUCGCUGAAAUCCUUUCUGAUCUAGUCUGUAUCCCGCGAGUCUAUGAAAGGGACAGUUCUACCCACACAAGAUGCUACAAUUUGGUCAAUCCACAUCACAUCCAAUUUUCAGAUAUUGUCCCCUUGUUGGCACAGCGCCUUGGAUUGAAGGAGCCCCUCAAGGUUGUUUCCCUGCGAGAGUGGGUGCAUCGUCUGUCACAGGGCAUCAACGAAUCGGGUUAUCGCCCCAAUCCUGGUCUUCGUCUUCUUGGAUUCUUCCAGAGAUUGACGAGUUCUGUAAGAUCUGUGACACUGGAUACAACACUUAUUGAGGAGCGAUUCCCUCGCUUGAGCCAAGUCGGGGCAGUUAAUGAUAGGUGGGUCAGCCUUUGGCUUGAACAAUGGGGCAUGGCUUGA